AUGCAUGCAGCCUGUGCAGUCGUGACCUCCGGACAGGUAUUGGACUUCAAUGAUGACGGACGACCGCAACAUAUCCCGAGCACGGUGGAGAAGUGGCGGCGUGUGAAGGAUGACCUGUACAGUUGCGCCGCCCUGCUGGUGGCCACCAAGGAGGUUCUGGUGGAGGAGCUAUUCGGCUUCGCGCCGGGCGCCAUGCAGCAGACAAACCCGCGCUGCUUCUGCGGGCUCACGUUUGAGGUGGCGGUCAAGGUGGAGCAGAGCGGCCGCCUCGCCCUGCACAUCCACGGUGUUGCGCAUGUGGCCACGUUCGCAGUCGAGCGCCUUCAGGCGCUGUUCAGUGGACCCAACUGCCGAGCGCUGGCCCUGGCAUACGCCCUGUGCGCCAUGUGGUAUCCCUCGCCGUACUAUGACCCUUUCAUCCGCGGUGCAGAACACUACGUCAUGGACAUGACCGUCGAAGAGGUCCAGCAGCAUGGCCGUGCACCUCCGCCCGUGGACAAGUCCUGCCCGCCUGCAGCGUACGAUUUUGGCAGGCUCGCCGGCUGUGCAGAUGAUAGCUGUGGCAUGGCGUUCCCUCGUGUCCUGCGCAGCGCCUUCCAGUGGAUUGGCACCGGCGGCCUCUUCCUUCUGCUGCGAUUGGGCCCGAACAUUGUACCGCACAUGCCAGCUGCAGCGCUGGCAUUUGGGUGCAACCAGCUGUUUACUCUGGCGUGCGAGGUGGAUCGCGUCUACACUGCAGAGGCAGCAGCGCAACUGGCCCGCCCUGAAGAUGAACGGGGGGACUGUGCGCUGCUGCAGCCUGCUGCUGACCGCGCCCGCGACGCUGCCUACUACAGCACGAAGUACACUGGCAAGAGCAUCAACGACAGCCAGGCGCAGCUGACGUGCAACGCUCUUACCCGAGUGCAGGAUUUCCUGCUAGCUGGAAGGAUGCCGAAUCCGGGUGCCACUGGGCCCACUGCGUUUGGCAACAUGUGUGCCACCGUGCAUCGCAUGACCGCUUCCAUUACGGCUGGUAUGGCGCUUGUCGCCAUGAAGCUGGACGGUCAUUCCACCUUCGAAGCGACGUUCGAGUGUGCAUACCUGCAGGUAGACGCAUUCACGGCGCUAUCUGCGGGCGCGGAGCAAUCUCCUGAGGCGGCGACCACAGCGGCGGUACUGGUGGAGGCUGAGGAGCAGGAGGCCUACACGGUGACCAACGCCGUGCAGAGCUACGUGCUGCGGGGGGAAGAACUCAGCGGCCUGGACUGCAGCGUGUACAACCUAUCCUCCAACUAUGAGGUCCGACGUGUGCCGCCAGCUCAGCACCCGCACCGAGAGCGAUUGGGUCUACAGAUCCCGGUGGCAGUUCGACGUCCCCCGGCCCCUCCUCCUGAGCCACCUGCUCCUACAGCUGCAGCGACACUCGACCAGCCAACGUCUCAGACAGCCACGGAGCUGCCCCGCCUGGUGGCCUUCCACGGCACGCAUCCGCUCUACAGAACACAUGUCCACGUCCGCCUGCCGCGGCCGCGCUACGUACAGCUUGGAGGCUCUCUUCCCCGCCGGCCCCGCCCUGGCACCUCUGCUGCGGGCAUGGCGCAGUACUACGCGUUUGUCCUGGGUACUUUCAAGGCUCACUGGGGUCAGCCCAUCCCCCCCGGGCUGACUGUAAAGGAAGCCUACGACACCUGGUGGGCAGAGCUGGGCACUACCGAGGCAGGUCGCUCGUACCAGGCGUAUGUAUCGGUGCUGCUGGACAACAUCGAAGAGGACCACGCUGGGAAAGCCCGCCGUCAGGCGGAGUACAACCAGCGGCGCCGCCAGCAGCGUGCGGCAUCGGCAGCAGCCGCGCUGCCUGAAGGUGACAGCACGAGCGCUUCGGAUGGAGAUGCCGAUGAUGGCAUCCGCGGGCAUCUCAGACCUGAUCCUGAAACACAGCCGCCCGCCGAGGACCAGCUGGAGCACUUCGUGUACAUCCCAGGUCAGGAGUAUCCGACGGCUGGCACCGACCUCGCCGCCGUCGCUCUUACUGACCUGUUUGACUGCACCAACGCUGCUGGCGCGUAUGCCUAUGAUGCAGCACGGCGCUGCCGAGCCCCGGCCCUAGCGGACGGCCAUGGUGCACGCAGCGAUCGUUUCAGCCGUCGGAUCACGCCAGCGGACCUGCCCCUCCUGACUGAAGCAACCAAGCGUCUGAAGCGGUAUCUCGUUGCAGCAGCAGCCGGCACUGUUGAGGCAGAUGGGGGCGCCCACACGGGACUGACGGCCACACCUGAGAUGGACACCCCUCGUGUCGAGCUGCACCGCCCCACCAGCGGACCCCUGGUCGCCAUCGUGUGCAUGCCUGGCACUCCUGAGCGGACUGAACAGGCUCGCAUGCCCAUCUAUGUGCACCUCCCCCAGCCGCCCAGCAUCGACGACACCAUCGAGCUGUUCACACUUGCCCCCCACCAGGCCGUGCCCUUCAUGCUCAUGGCUCGGUACUUCGAUCAUCGUGAUGAGCCCAACCCUGGCGACCCGCCGCAGAUGCUUGUGGAGGGCAAGCCCGGUACCGGAAAGAGCCAGUUCGUACAAGCACUCCUGUGGUACACCUUCCAGCAUGGCUGUCCGCACUGGGCGGNCACCUGCGCCUACUCAUGGGCUGCUGCAACUGCCUUCAGCACGCCGGAGGACAACGAUGACGACCCUAAUGAGGCCGCCGCUGGAUCUCAAGGCGGUCAGCAGCAACCCGAAGCAGCAGCACGCCGGCCCCUGGCCGUCCCACAGACGCAGAGCUGCAUACUUGAGGGCUUCCAGGUUUACCGAUCCCUGGCUAAGACGGUCUUCUUGCUGGAGAAGCAGCAGCGCCAGGACAGCAGCCCCUCUGGUCGUCGCCUGACAGAGUAUGCCUCUAUGUUUGGCGGUGAGCCAGCCACCGAGCAGCGCAUAGCCGAGAUGGUCGACGACCUUAACAGCCGCGCCAUCGUCGACUUGGCCGACCUGGCACACCUCGAGCCGCGCGUCGUGCUGCAGAGGAACGAACCACGCCACACACUCAAUACCCGGCUCAUCAUGCUGGAGGCACAGCGCAAGAAUCAGCGCCUUGUGGUGUGGAAUGCGGACCACGUCCCUGUCCAGAAGCGUGGUGCUGCUGCGGAACCGGCCCUGACACACGUGGAGAAAGCAGUUGCAAUGCGGAUCAAGGAUCACGAGUUUGGCCACACCACCGCCGACACGUGGUACUACCAUGGCGCCCGAUACAUCCUCCUUGAUAUGACAGCUGCCGAUGCCGGAGCGAGCCACAACAACGAGGUGGAAGCCUGCGGCCUGCUUGAGGAUGGCCACGAGCCAGCCGAUGACGGCCGUGGCCCCUACCGCCGGCUCAAGUACCUUCCGGUGGCCGUCAUUGUGCGGCCUAUAAGCGGCCACAUCCCCGGCACCGUGCUGCAGGGCCUUGGAGACUACGCCAGCAGGGGUGGUGCCUUCAUCCUGUCACCCCGGGCGUCUUGCAUUGCCGAGGUGGAGAUGCCUGCCGCCGGGUACGGCACCAUCACAAAGCAGAUCCGGCGCCUGAACGUGCCGCUCGGCGACCGCCAGGCGGUCACCGAUUACUUCGUGCAAGGCCGCAGCUUCAAAGACGAGUGCUGGCUGGUGGAUCUCGCUGUCCCACCCAACGGCAUCAAGCGCGCCACCCUGUAUGUGCUGCUGACCCGCUUCAAGAUGCUGGACCAC